AUGUCCAAAUACUGGGGCGAUGAACGCCAUCCGGAUGCCGUUUAUGCGGUUUACUUGAAGAAGGUCCGCUACGUUCCACCCGCCGGCUAUGAGGGCGUUCCAGUAAGUCGCUUUUCCGCUUUCAAUUCCAUUGUUCGAUUUUUGGCAUUUCAAACGGACCCCUUGAAGCUCUUUGAAUAUUGUAAGCGUAACAAAAACAAGGUGUUCUUUAUUUUUCUACUCCGAGAC